ACAGUUACAGUACACUGUGUCAAUUAAUAUUGGUUUAUCUUUAUCCAAUGUAUCGACAUCAUAAAGCUUCAUACAGUGAGUAGUGAAAAUCAAUCUCACACUCACUCACCCUUUUGGCGGCUCUCGAUUUUUCCAUCUUCUAAACCCUAGUUUCUCACUUCCACUUCGUUAUCUUCAUCUUUCUUACGUGCAAUUCUUGAUUGAAUUCUUUUGAGCAAAAUUCAGUCAGAAAAUUUAUUGGUUGAGUUGCUGAAGAGAGGGAAUAAUGGAGGAUUCGUUAGGGCAAAAGUGGAAGCAUCGAGAGUUCGCUCUGGCAUCAGUUACAGACCUCUCUUUGGCUUCUUCUUCUUCUGCUGCUGCGGCUUCGCCGGGGACGGCUCGAUUCAGCUCCGACGGUCUCCAUAUUCAUCAAGAUUCUCAUCCGAUUCAUCUUGAUGUUGAUCUUCGAACUGUUCAGUUAUUCAGAUUGAGUCCUGUUCAAUCGGUCUGCAUGGUGGAAGGCUCUGAUGCUGGGAACGAGGCGCCAUAUUCCGCGGGAGUCACUAUCCAGUUUAGAAAUGAGGAAGAGAGUGCGGCCUUCCACUGCGUAGUACAAAAAUGGAAGAAGGAAGGCAAUGGUCAAGGAGGAAACUUGCCAAAUGGAAAUUUAAUAACAUCUAAAAGCAAAUUCGAUGAGAAGAUAGAGUCAUCUUCUUCAAAAAUGUACUUUCAUUAUUAUGGACAGCUUCUGCAUCAGCAAAACAUGUUGCAGGACUAUGUGCGGACAGGAACCUAUUAUGCUGCUGUUAUUGAGAACCGUGCUGAUUUCACUGGUCGUGUAGUAGUUGAUGUGGGUGCUGGUAGUGGGAUUUUGUCAUUAUUUGCUGCUCAGGCUGGUGCAAAGCAUGUUUAUGCUGUGGAAGCAUCUGAAAUGGCAGAAUAUGCACGGAAACUAAUAGCUGGGAACCCCAAACUGGCCCAACGAAUAACCGUGAUUAAAGGUAAAGUUGAGGAUGUUGAAUUGCCUGAGAAAGCAGACAUUCUGAUCUCUGAGCCCAUGGGGACCUUGUUAGUUAAUGAAAGAAUGCUGGAGUCUUAUGUCAUUGCAAGAGAUAGGUUUCUCACUCCUACUGGGAAAAUGUUUCCUGCCGUUGGAAGGAUUCAUAUGGCACCUUUCACUGAUGAAUAUUUAUUUAUUGAAGUUGCUAAUAAGGCUCUGUUCUGGCAGCAGCAAAACUAUUAUGGUGUUGAUUUGACACCCUUACAUGGGACCGCAUUUCAAGGAUACUUUUCUCAGCCUGUGGUAGAUGCUUUUGAUCCAAGAUUGUUAGUAGCUCCCCCAAUGUUCCAUGUGAUAGACUUCACCAAAAUAAAGGAGGAAGAACUGUAUGAAAUUGACAUCCCUCUGAAAUUUGUAGCCUCUGUGGGUGCCCGAGUACAUGGAUUGGCAUGCUGGUUUGAUGUACUUUUCAAUGGAAGCACUGUGCAAAGGUGGCUUACCACUGCUCCUGGUUCGCCGACAACCCAUUGGUACCAGCUACGCUGUGUUCUCCCUCAGCCAAUUUAUGUCGUGGCAGGACAAGAAAUGACUGGAAGGCUUCAUUUAAUUGCCCACAACGCACAGAGUUAUACAAUAUAUCUAACAUUGUCAACUAAAAUGUGGGGUCCUGGUGCUGAGCAAGGAGGUAUUCUUCAAACCUCGUCCUGUAAGCUUGAUUUGAAAGAACCCUACUAUAGGAUGUCUCAACCGCAAGCUUAUCCAGUAGCCCAAGAUCAGCAACCACUUAUUCAGACACAGGAUAUACAUAUCCAAUCUCAGGAAUUGGACGAAACAGAGAUAAUGCAACAGCCUUCGCCUAAUUCAUGUGCUCAGGUUGAUUCACUGAUGCGGAAUUUUUAACAUACUCAUCCUAAUCCAUGCUCAUGUAACAUCAAUUUGCUAUGCUGCAGCAAGUUGGGGACAUGUCUAUUUAGACAUCCCCCAUGUCUGUAAAUUCAUUAACGUUCUGUUCUAUCGAUUGUGGGUGGUUGGUCUUCGCUUGAUUUAACCAACAAUAUUUAUGCCGGGCGCAGUUAGGAGUUUACAUAGCUAGUUGAUCUCGAAUUCGUCUUCAUAUGAUUAUCAACGAUGCAGAAAAUAUUAUGGUAAACUCAUAACCCUUGCUCGCCUAAGUAGAAAAGCGGAAAUAUAGAAGUACUUUGUUUGUAGUGAUUGAGAAAAGCUCUUUACCUUAGAAUAGAUAAAAAUGGAAAUUUGCCAAUUGUCAA